CGGAGCGAAACUCCUCUUGUUGAACACUGAACUGGCCCGGCGGUCGGCGGCUCUGGACGCGGGCAGACGGUGGCUACACAGACCGGGUUGUAAUGAACCACUGCGGCCUGAAUUCACACCAACCCUCCGGUCCGUAAACCACCUGGAAGUUUAAACUCCGCUUCAAACUUUCGGCGGGGCUUUCUCCUCAGUCUGAACUCGUUAAGUCGUUUAGUCUGACCGGCCUGCGAAAACCCGAGGCGUCGGUCUCCCCCCCCACCCCCCUCACAUGUCUUCUCGCUCCUGCUAGAAAAAAAACAACAAACCAGGUGAGCAGGCCGUGUGGCUUCCCCCGGGGACCUGCGCAGGUAACGGGGGUUAGUUUACCUGUACGCACAGCGGUGACGCACGGAUCUCUCUCUCUUGACGCUCCCCUUUCUCGCCCCUACGGCUCUCCCGCAGCCGCCGGAGAACAGAGCACCGGGGAGCCGCCGAGCACCAGGACGGUCAUGGAUCUACCAGGAGAGAGCGAGACCCGGCGGAGGGAAGGCAGGAGGACCCCCGCUGUGAUUAACAGGAGAAACCGACCGGUGGACACGAUGUACGCCGUCGGUAUUAUCUGCCUCCAAGUUCUGGCCAUCCACGCUGCUACCAUCCAGUUCACCAAGGAGCCCAAGUCCCAGGAUGCCUUGCAUGGCCGCAGCGCCAUGCUACGCUGCGAGGUCAGUGAUCCGGCCGACAUCACAUACGGCUGGCACCACAACGGCCAGCCCUUGCAAAACAGCGAGAGGCGCUUCAUGGAGGGCAGCAACCUGAAGUUCACCGCCGUGGAUCGCCAGCUGGACGCAGGGAGCUUCGAGUGCGUCGCACGGAACGAGGCCACGGGAGAGCUGCUCCACUCCACCAAUGCCUCCUUCAAUAUCAAGUGGUUAGAAAGUGGUGGGGUGACAUUGAAGGAGCCAGCCUCAGAAGGGGAGAUUGAGAGCUCUGCGCCCGUGACGUUGCGCUGUCACAUCGAUGGACACCCACGGCCGACGUGCCAGUGGUUCAAGGACGGGGUUAAGCUGACAGAGAAGAGCCAUCAGAUCAACAACAAGGAGAGGACGCUCACCUUUAAGAGUGCUAGCCCGGACGACAACGGCCUGUACUACUGCUGUGCCAAGAAUGCAGCCGGGCACGUCUGCAGCAACAGCAACUUCACUCUCAACAUAAUAGAUAAGAGUUUUCCACGGCCGGUGGUCACUCCUCAGGACCAGGUGGUGUUGAAGAACGAGGAGGCGGCACUCCAUUGCCAGUUUACCGCCGUGCCGGACCCCACGUUGGAGUGGUACCACGAAAACGAGCUGCUGGCAAACAAGUCUCGUCUGCUGCUGUUCCCCAACGGCACACUGCUGAUCACCCAGGUCAAGCUCAGGAACACGGGGACCUACAAGUGUGUAGGCCGUGGCCUCAGUGGGUCCCAUGUUACACUGGAAGCCUCCCUCCUCAUAGCAGAGAUAGAGGAAAUGUCGCCUAAGAUGUCGAAGGUUUUCACAGCGGACACCCUGCAGCGGGUACCCUGUCGUCCCCCGCGCGGCAAACCUGAGCCCGAGGUCUGGUGGGAGAGAGAAGGCCAGCGGGUGCCCACAGAGGGCAGAGUGUACCAGGAUGGCCUGGAUCUGGUCUUCAGUCCCACAGAGGAGGGAGAUUCAGGCGCCUUCACCUGCGUGGCCCAGAACAAGGCAGGACGCAGGACGCAGGAGGUCACCUUCAUCGUUGCCACUGCCCCAGUGUGGGUGACGAGGCCUCAGGACAGCCAGUUGGAGGAAGGUAAACCAGGUUACCUUCACUGUCACGCUCAGGCCAACCCUGAACCUGAGGUCACCUGGCUCCGCAACAACAUCAGGAUCACACAGGAGGACUCUCGUUUUAAGCUGUUCCGUAACGGCAGCCUCAGGAUCAACAAUGUGGAGGUGUACGACGGACAGAUGUACGGCUGUGAAACCAAGACUGUAGGCGGCCGACUGUCUGGACAAGCUAGAGUUAUUGUGCUCGAGAAGCUGAAGUUUACCCCGACCCCCCAGCCUUCUCAGUGUCUGGAGCUGGAUAAUGAGAUCAUCAUCCAGUGCUCCGCUAAAGGCAGAGAGCCCCCCACCAUCCGCUGGACCAAAGCAGACGGAGGAGAGCUGCCACCUCGCGUAGAGCAGAGGAACGGCCAGCUCCACUUCACCAAAGUCACCCGCAGCGACGCCGGCAACUACACGUGCAUCGCCUCCAACAGCCUCCAGGGGGAGAUUAGAGCCCUGGUGACCCUCACUGUGGCCGUGUACAUUCGCUUUAAGGUGGAGCCAGAGAAUACAACGGUGUACCAGGGUCACACAGCCAUCCUGCACUGUCAGGCCACCGGUGACCCCGAGCCCCACAUCCACUGGAUGGUCAAAGACAAGACCCUGGACAUCAGUAAGAACAGAAGGUUCCAGAAGCUGCCCAAUGGCUCCUUGGUGAUUACAGAUGUCACUACAGACGACACUGGCAGAUACACAUGCGUGGCCGGAAACAGCUGCAGCAUUAAAGACCGUGUGGCUCAGCUGUAUGUAGUGGACAAACCAGUGCACUCUAUCGAUGAAGAUGGGGACAGGGCUCCUUACAAGAUGAUCCAAACCAUCGGUCUGUCAGUGGGAGCAGCUGUGGCGUACAUCAUUGUAGUGCUGGGACUCAUGUUCUACUGCAAAAAGAGACGCAACGCAAAAAGACUGCAGAAAGGCCAGGACGGAGAGGAGCCUGAGAUGGAGUGUCUCAAUGGAGGAGCCGUUCAACAAAAUGGCCACACCACCACUGAGAUCCAGGAAGAGGUGGCACUCACCAACAUGGGUACCGUGGCAACAACCGAGAAACGCCACAGCCACGUCAACAAUGACAAGCUCCACUUCGCUCGAGCAAACCUGCAAACCAUCACUACUUUAGGUAAAGGGGAGUUCGGUGAGGUGCUGCUAUGCAAAGCUAAGGGUAUCGAGGAGAGCGAGGAGGAGACGGUGGUGUUGGUGAAGAGCCUGCAGACCCGAGAUGAGCAGCUCCAGCUCGACUUCCGCCGCGAAGCUGAAAUGUUCGCCAAGCUCAGCCACCCCAACGUCGUCCGCCUGUUGGGCCUGUGUAGGGAGGCAGAGCCGCACUACAUGAUCCUGGAGUACUAUGACCUGGGGGACCUGAAGCAGUUCCUGAGAAUUUCCAAAAGCAAAGAUGACAAGGUCAAAUCUCAGCCUAUCAGCACCAAGACCAAAGUUUCCAUCUGUGCCCAGGUGGCUCAUGGGAUGGAGCAUCUGUCCAAUCACCGUUUCGUUCACAAAGACCUAGCCGCCCGAAACUGCCUGAUCAACAGUCAGAGGCGCGUGAAAGUGUCAUCGCUCAGCCUCAGCAAGGACGUCUACAACAGUGAGUACUACCACUACAGACAGGCAUGGAUCCCACUGCGCUGGCUCCCAUCAGAGUCCGUGUUUGAGGACGACUUCUCCACCAAGUCUGACGUGUGGGCCUUCGGAGUUUUGAUGUGGGAAGUGUUCAGUCACGGGGAAUUGCCAUAUACCAAACUCAGCGAUGAUGAGACGCUGGAAGGUCUGCAGACAGGGAAGCUGAAGCUGCCCGUUCCAGAGGGAUGCCCCUCCAAAAUCUACAAGCUUAUGGCCCGCUGCUGGGCGCUAAGCCUCAAGGAGCGCCCCUCAUUCACGGAAAUUGUGCACGCCCUGGGAGAGGUGCCCUCUGACAGCAAAGUCUGAGAUGACCCUAACCCCACAUCAGAGGGGAACUUUGACCAACCCCCUUCCCCCAAAAUAAAGACAGGAAUGCUGGAUUAUUAGUCUCACACAUUUCAGGGAAGAGGGUUGAGGAGAAAACACUUUUUUUAUAUGCAUUUCAAACAGCGGGUGUGUGGAUAAGACUUCUUUGCUAUAUCAGUGGAAACGCACUCACGUUUGUGUGAAAGGCUUCGUUGUGAGCAGUGCCAGGAGUUUACGUUUGCCUUAACCGCAGCAUGGAUGACCCUCCCGACGAGUCCCAGUCUGUGGUUCCACUGUGACCCUGCCUGCCUGUCUGCGGCCGCUCUGUCCCAGAGACACUUUGAAUCACGGAGCCUCACGACCUCAGUGCCUCUACCCCUCCAUACACACGCACACGCACACGCACACGCACACGCACACACACACACACACACACACACACACACACACACACACACACACACAAACACACACACACUCACUCACCCAGAGCUCCAACUGCUUUGUAGGGAUGUUAGAUACAGUGGUUUCACUGGCACUGAUCAAUUGAAAUUAUUAGUGGGAAGUUUACGAAAACCCCUGAAAUUUAGGUUAACUGCUUUGCAAAGUCCAAUGUGUUUAUUAAACUUCAAAGAUUAUUAAAAGGAAAGUGGAAUCAAGUGUGACUUCAGUGGAGCAGUGAAGCUUUAUUAGAUAUUCCAUCAACCACUUAGAAUGCAGCUGAUUUUAACAGACCAGUUUGAAACAAUCUCACUCAACACGAUGCUGAGUCUGCCACCCUAAUCCUGGAGGACACACCUAGCUACUCUUUCUAUCAAGAAUCCAAUACCAGCCUCCCAAGUGUGUGUGUGUAUAUGUGUGUGUGUAUAUGUGUGUGUGUGUGUGUGUGUGUGUGUGUGUGUGUGUGUGCAUGCAUGUGUGCAUGCGCACGCCACUGAACUGUUCCCAUGCUCCAGUGUACGUUCAAAGAAGAAGUGGAAUUGCAUGAAGGUUCGCCGUCUGUUACGCUUGCGAUUUGCGACGUGAGGAGACUUGUGGAAAAAGUAAUUCGUGUUAUGGUAACACUUCAGGACCAUAAAAAAGAUCAAGUUUAUAGCCAAGGAUUAUAUUGAAUAGACGGGAUUGUGCCAGUGUGGGCUUUGUAUGUUUUUUUUUUUAUGAGUGUGUUCUGUUCUUGUAUUAACUUUUGAGGUGCUUAUUGGUCACAACCUAUGGGUGACAAUACCCAUUUUACCGCAUUAACAUUAUCAUGUUGUCUCAUGUUGCAGGAAUUCAGCCUAUCACUGUGUGUAACCUGCGACAUCAUUUUUUCAGAGGUCCAAUCACAGUUUCCCUCCCGGUCCAAUUUGUUUGUGCAAUGUUGCAAAGUGGACCAUCACACCAGGCAAUGUGUAUAUAAUGUAGAAGCCAUGCACUAACUUCACUUAAAAAGAAUAUCCCUCUUUAUCUCUAUCAUGUUGUGUAGUAGGACAUGCAGGUGCCUGUUUAUUUAUGAUGAAGGUCCUGUCUUUUUUAACUGUGUUUAUAAUAGGAAGGUACUUCUCUGAUGUAUUCAUACUCACAGACCAUCUCAAUAUGCGUUCAGUCUGGUAACCAGCUGAAUAUGCUAACACAAAGUACAAAGGAGGUCAAAAAGAGUGACUGCUGGUCACCAGUACUCAUUUAAGUGCCUGGUAAAUGAAGGAUUAUCUUAACUGUUUCCCUCUCGUUUUUUUUUUUUUUUUACUUUAUCUAAUCAAAUGCAAUGGCCUUUGUUUAUCAACUUGUUUUUAUACGUUGUUUUUAGUGUAAUGUUUUGUUUUUAUGAAUGCUAGGCACUCACACCUAGACGUCUUUUUUUUAAUCUGCUUCAGCAAAUGUUCACAAUAAUCACAGAUAUAUACAAAAGUAUACAUGCUGCUGUCAAUAAAGGUUCACAGUGUUUUUA